GUCUAUUUCGGCUACCGUAGCUGAGUGACAACAGGGCAAAGCACUUUGGUCUGAGCUUUUUAGCUUGACUGAUAAGUACCCCUUAGAACUGGUAGAUGCAGACGGCGAAGUUGUGACACAACCUUUUAAACGAUUUCAGAAUCUCAACGCUAGUUUAAAGAUGAGACUGAAGGAAAUCCAGAGGACUGCCCAUCAGGCUUGGAGUCCGUCGGGACACCAUCCUAUCUUUCUGGCUUUAGGAACAUCAGCACAACAGCUUGAUGCUUCCUUCAACACCACAGCAGCCAUAGAGAUAUUUCAGAUGGAUUUCACUGACCCCUCUCUAGAGAUGCAGCUCAAAGGAUCAAUACCAACUCCAAACAGGUUGCACAGUAUCGUUUGGGUCGACUUUGGAAUGGGAGCAGAUGAAACUGGAGGGAGACUCAUUUGUGGAAGCGAAAAUGGCUUGUUGACGGUGUACAAACCUGAGGCCAUAAUGAACUCUGGAGCUGAUGCACUUGUUGGACAGUCUGAUAAGCAUACUGGACCUGUUGGAGCACUUGAUUUCAACCCCUUCCAGAGUAAUCUUCUUGCAUCAGGGGCAAAUGAUUCUGAAAUAUUUAUUUGGGAUCUAAAUAACUUCAACAGUCCAAUGACUCCUGGCGCAAAAACACAACCUGCUGAAGACAUCAGCGUUGUGUCGUGGAACAGGCAGGUUCAGCACAUCCUGGCCUCUGCCACUCCCAGUGGGAAAGCAGUAGUUUGGGACCUGAGAAAGAACGAGCCCAUCAUAAAGAUCAGUGAUCACAGCAACAGGAUGCAUUGCUCUGGAAUGCUGUGGCACCCGGAUGUGGCCACUCAGUUGGUGUUGGCCUCUGAAGAUGACAGACUGCCAGUCAUUCAGAUGUGGGACCUCCGCUUUGCCACAUCACCUCUGAAAGUCUUUGAAAAUCACACGAGGGGAAUUCUCUCCAUAUCCUGGAGUCAGGCAGACUCAGAGCUUUUGCUCAGUAGUGCUAAAGACAAUAGGAUCCUCUGCUGGAAUCCCAACACUGGAGAGGUCAUUUAUGAGCUUCCAACCACCAACCAAUGGUGCUUUGACGUUCAGUGGUGCCCCAGAAAUCCAGCCCUGCUUUCAACAGCAUCAUUUGAUGGGAGAAUUUCAGUUUAUUCUGUAAUGGGAGGAAGUUUGAAGGCCCAACAGCAAAGCACAGCUGAGAAGAUUUCUUCCUCAUUUGAUACAAUGGAUCCCUUUGGUACGGGGCAGGUGCUGCCCCCCCUGCAGGUUCCCUUGCCUCAUAUGCAGGACACCAUUGUUCCCCCUCUAAAGAAACCACCAAAGUGGGUGCGCAGGCCCGUUGGAGCGUCUUUUGCUUUUGGGGGUAAACUGAUAACCUUUGAAAAUCCCAAGCAACCUUCAGUGCAAAGCCCCCAACCCGUCCCCAGACAGGUGUUUAUGAGCCAAGUUACCACGGAGACGGAGCUCCUCCAGCGCUCUAGGGAGCUGCAGGCAGCACUGCAGUCAGGUUCUUUCAACACCUACUGCCAGACCAAAAUACAGAACGCCACGUCUGACACUGAACAGGACAUAUGGAAGUUUCUGCUGGUUAACUUUGAGGAUGAAGCUCGAGUUAAAUUUCUUAAACUUUUGGGUUUCAGCAAAGAUGAGUUGGAAAGAAAGAUUUCCAAAUGUCUGGGGAAGAGUUGCCAACCAAAUGGACUCGGCGUAGACGCCAAAGAUCUGGCAGAAAAGAUGCAGCGGCUUUCCACCGAGAGGUGUGAAGAAGGAGCUGAAUCUCGAACCUCUGGCUCCGUCUCCCCAGCAGACUUUUUCAGUGACACUCCAAAGGACACUCCCAACUUCCAGAUUCCUGUUUCAUGCGACUCGGAUGGAUUGAUUAGUCAGGCGCUGCUGGUUGGUAACUUUGAAGGGGCUGUGGAGCUGUGCCUGAAUGACGGCCGUUAUGCCGAAGCCAUUCUGCUGUCCAUCAGCGGGGGAGAGGAGCUGCUCAAAAAAACUCAGCAGAAAUACCUGAGCAAGCGAAAGAACAGCAUUUCAAUGCUUAUAUCAUCAGUGGUGACCCAGAACUGGAGGGACAUCGUGCAGUGCUGUGAAUUAGACAACUGGAAGGAAGCUCUUGCUGCGUUGCUGACAUAUGCUCACCCUGAGGACUUUGCUUUCUUGUGUGAUAUUCUUGGGAACAGGUUGGAGCAUGAGGGCACAGAGAAGCGCUGCCUUCAGGCCUGCCUGUGUUACAUCUGCUCUGGAAACAUAGAGAAGUUGGUGGAGUGCUGGGCUUUGCAUAGAGACUGCUCCUCCCCUCUUGGUCUGGAGGAUCUGGUUGAAAAGGUAAUGAUGCUUCGAAAGUCGAUUGAGCGCCUGCGCAACAACGAGGUGGCAAUCCAGAGCCCUAUCCUGGCGGAGAAGCUAACCAGUUAUGCAGGAAUACUAGCUGCUGAAGGCAGCCUGUCCACUGCUAUGGCCUACCUGCCUGAGAACUCGGAUCAACCUGCAAUCACAAUGCUGAGGGACCGACUGUUCCACGCUCAGGAGGAGGCUUCUGUCCAACCACAGAUUACUCACCCUUCCAAAGUUGCCCUGUCUACAGCAAAUGCCAUUCCUGCACCGAAAGCCCCAUUUAUGAAUCAGUUUCAGCCUCCUGCACCGUCCCCGGUGGCUCCACCACAACAGCCCCAAAUACCUUCAGUUUUUACUCCUCAAGCUCCUCCGCCCAACCCAGGGCCUGGCCUUCCACCCACCUCUCACGUGCAUCACCCCAGCAGUCCACCUUCUGCCAUGAGACCCUCGUACCCACAGCAUCCCUCCAUGCCUCCGGGAAUUCCUUCUCAUCAGCCAUUCCAGCCUCAACCAGUUUCCGCCGGCGGACCCUUCCCUCCUACGGUUCCUUCUAUACCGGCUCCCAGCUUAUCAGGACCUCAGCUGCCGCCUUCAUCGUCCACCCCAGGAGGUCUACCCCCCAUGCCCAGCCCUGGGGUUCCACCGACAGGCUUCAUGCCGUCUACCUCUUUGCCGUCAGGCUUUAUGCCUCCUAACUCCCAACCAGGAGCCCCAGUUCCCAUGUACCCAGGAAACUUUCCCAACCAGGGACCUCCUGCACCCCUCAUGUCACCCGGUCACUUUACCCCUGCUGGACCGGGGUAUCCCCAAGGAGGUCCCGGUGCUCCAGCUGUAAAGCCGUUUCCAGCUCCUGUUGUGGCUCCUCCUCCCACAGGACCUCAAGAGGGCUGGAAUGACCCCCCAACAGUACGAGGUGGACCCAGGAAGACAAAGGUUUCCAGUAACUACACCCCACCAGUUCCCAUCACAGCUCCUGUGAUGGGUUUCCCAGUGGAGUCCCAACAGCCCCAUGACCCCACCCAAGUCCCCCCCGGAGCUCCUCAGGAGCCGAGUGUACAGGUUGGUCUCCAAAGAGGCUCUGUUUUUUCACAUCAGUGGCCACAUGCUCCUCUGGUAGACUGUAGAAAUAAUCCAAACAAACCUUUUGUUGCUCAGCUUCUCCAGCAGCUGCCGGCAGAGAGGGUGGAGCAGAAGGAAAUCCCCCCUGAGCAUGUGAUCCUCAAAACCACCUUUGACAGCCUGGUGCAGCGCUGCCAGCUCGCAGCGGGGGAUCCGCAAACAAAGAGAAAGCUGGAUGAUGCAGGAAAACGUUUGGGGCACCUCUAUGACAAACUGAGAGAGCAAUCACUUUCUCCAAAUAUCCUGAAUGGACUCCACGAGAUCAGCCGCUGCGUCUCAAGUCAGAAUUACCAGCGAGCUCUGGAGGUCCACACUCAGGUGGUCAGCAGCAGCAACUUCAGCGAGAUCUCCGCCUUCAUGCCCAUCCUCAAAGUGGUCAUAACCACCGCCAACAAGCUUGGAGUCUAAUCCCCUUUAAGCUCCAUAAACCCACUUUUCAGUGUUAUAUUGUCAUAUUUAUUUCUUUUUUUUUUCCAUCUGACGACAGACAAAAAUGAUUUAAAACAAAGUAGACAGUUGUUCUCAUCACUCUAUAAAUUGGCCUUUCCAUAGAAGCUGGUGGAUGUAAGCAGUGGUUGAUUGUUCUAGAACCUUGUUGGUGUCACUGUGGUAGUUUUAUAAACAGAUGAAUGUAUUCUGAAAGCUGUUAUCCAUUGUAAAAUCAGUCGGUGGUGUAAAAUAUAAAAUCAAAAAUCAUAGUUCAUAUUUUUCUUUUCGCUUUGUCUGAAACAUGUUGGUUACAGAGCUACAAAAGCGCAAUCUCAAAAAAAGAUCAUGAGAAUAAAACCAGGUUUGUGCUCUCAAAUCCCCCUUUAAGAAAAACUGGCUCAUUUGUUUUUUCAAUAAACAAAGAAAAACUGGGUCAUUUAUUGUACUGAUUUGUAUUCUCUGGUUUUUCUUUUAUUUUGUUGUUUUUUUUACCUGAAUUGUUGCAGGGCGCUGUUGAUGUCCGUCCUGUCUGUGUUGUGUAACAAUAGGUUUGUGUUGACUUAUUUCCCAUGUUCACUCUUCAAUUUACACAGAAGCUUCUUAAACAUAUUUGCAAUUCACUUGCUGCUCCCUCAGUUUUUUUAGAGCAGAUCUUCUUUUUUUCAAUUUUUUUUUUCAUUUUUGUACUAGAUUAGAUCAACCAAAUGAAUUUCCGAUUUUGAAAUCAGUUGUUUGUUGCUGCUGUACAUGAAGCUGGAUCGAUUGGUGUUUAGUGGCAGCAGAAGGCAAAGGAAGUGCCUCGCUGUGCCCAUUUGGGUUGCACAAAUAUUUAUAUGAUCUGCUUUGCUUUCUUUACUCAUUUCAUUAACUUUUUCAAAUAAAGUUUCAUUUGUAAAAAUUGA